UGGUGACAGAGCAAGACUCAGUCUCAAAAAAUAAAUAAAAUAAUAAUAAUAAUAAUAAAUAUUUCAGGGGAGAAUUAGAUGAGACGAUUGUAAAAUGCAUAGCCCUAGCUGUGACCCAGAAUAUAGUAGGUGCUUGAUAAGAACUUUGUCACCUCGUUAAUAAUGGUUAUUUGUUCAGCCUGUGAACCAAUGUGAUUUUUUUUUAAGUGAAAUCCACACAGCAAAAUUUACCAUUGUUACUGUUUUCAAUGUCUGUUUUUUUUUUUUAAUUCAGGUAAGUUUUAUGUACUUUCUGAUUCUUAAGUUGGAAAACAAGGUAACCUCUAAUAUGGGCUGUGAGGCCUUCCUCUGCCCAAGCAGCUGCAGAUAUGAACCCUGAAUAUAAAGGGAUCUUAGGCUAGAAGGGAUCUUGGGCAGAGCUGAAUGGCUCUAAGCAUUUGACCUCACCUUAGUUUCCUCCUGAGAAGAGUCAACAGAGUCCAGCAUCUUCUUCCAAGGUCAGGAAAGGGCAAAGAUUUGAAAUUAGGCAUCACUGGGUUCUCAGCUGGGCCUGCAAGGUCCCCUCCUCCCACUAUGCAGAGCAAAGAGGAGGUUGCAGAAGAGAAGAGGAUAUGAGAUUGGUUCUCUGCUCCUCCCUUUCUUUCCCUGCUUUCCCCACACCCACCGUCUCCCCCACAGCAGCCUUCUCCCCCACAGAGGCUGGGAUAGAAUGAGGGGGGCGGAGUUGGGGACUGAGGGAUCAGAAGCCCCAGGAUGCCCUGUAUCUGAAGAAAGCUUUGGCCAGGGGCAGCUGUGCUGGCUCAUGCUCUCCUCCUUCUGCUGCUGCCAUCCUCCAGCAAGAUGCUAGGGUCUCUGGGGCUUUGGGCAUUACUUCCCACAGCUGUGGAAGCACCCCCAAACAGGCGAACUUGUGUGUUCUUUGAGGCCCCUGGAGUGCAGGGAAGCACAAAGACACUGGGAGAGCUGCUAGAUACAGGCCCAGAGCUCCCUAGAGCUAUCCGCUGCCUCUAUAGCCGCUGCUGCUUUGGGAUCUGGAACCUGACCCAAGACCGGGCACAGGUGGAAAUGCAAGGAUGCCGAGACAGUGAUGAGCCAGGCUGUGAGUCCCUCCACUGUGACCCAAGUCCCCGAGCCCACCCCAGCCCUGGCUACACUCUCUUCACCUGCUCCUGUGGCACUGACUUCUGCAAUGCCAAUUACAGCCAUCUGCCUCCUCCAGGGAGCCCUGGGACUCCUGGCUCCCAGGGUCCCCAGGCUGCCCCAGGUGAGUCCAUCUGGAUGGCACUGAUGCUGCUGGGGCUGUUCCUCCUCCUCCUGCUGCUGCUGGGCAGCAUCAUCUUGGCCCUGCUACAGCGAAAGAACUACAGAGUGCGAAGUGAACCAGUGCCAAAGCCAGGGCCAGACUUGGGCAGGGACUGGAGUGUGGAGCUGCAGGAGCUGCCCGAGCUGUGCUUCUCCCAGGUAAUCCGGGAAGGAGGUCAUGCAGUGGUUUGGGCCGGGCAGCUGCAAGGCAAACUGGUUGCCAUCAAGGCCUUUCCACCGAGGUCUGUGGCUCAGUUCCAAGCUGAGAGAGCAUUGUACGAACUUCCAGGCCUACAGCACGACCACAUUGUCCGAUUUAUCACCGCCAGCUGGGGGGGCCCUGGCCCCAUGCUCUCUGGGCCCCUGCUGGUACUGGAACUGCAUCCCAAGGGCUCCCUGUACCACUACUUGACCCAGCACACCAGUGACUGGGGAAGUUCCCUGAGGAUGGCACUGUCCCUGGCCCAGGGCCUGGCAUUUCUCCAUGAGGAGCGCUGGCAGAAUGGCCAAUAUAAACCAGGUAUUGCCCACCGAGAUCUGAGCAGCCAGAAUGUGCUCAUUCGGGAAGAUGGAUCGUGUGCCAUUGGAGACCUGGGCCUUGCCUUGGUGCUCCCUGGCCUCACUCAGCCCCCUGCCUGGACCCCUACUCAACCACAAGGCCCAGCUGCCAUCAUGGAAGCUGGCACCCAGAGGUACAUGGCACCAGAGCUCUUGGACAAGACUCUGGACCUACAGGAUUGGGGCAUGGCCCUCCGACGAGCUGAUAUUUACUCUUUGGCUCUGCUCCUGUGGGAGAUACUGAGCCGCUGCCCAGAUUUGAGGCCUGACAGCAGUCCACCACCCUUCCAACUGGCCUAUGAGGCAGAACUGGGCAAAACCCCUACCUCUGAUGAGCUAUGGGCCUUGGCAGUGCAAGAGAGGAGGCGUCCCUACAUCCCAUCCACCUGGCGCUGCUUUGCUACAGAUCCUGAUGGGCUGAGGGAGCUCCUAGAAGACUGUUGGGAUGCAGACCCAGAAGCACGGCUGACGGCUGAGUGUGUACAGCAGCGCCUGGCUGCCCUGGCCCAUCCUCAGGAGAGCCACCCCUUUCCAGAGAGCUGUCCAUGUGGCUGCACACCUCUCUGCCCAGAAGACUGUACUUCAACUCCUGCCCCUACCAUCCUGCCCUGUAGGCUUCAGCGGAGUGCCUGCCACUUCAGUGUUCAGCAAGGCCCUUGUUCCAGGAAUCCUCAGCCUGCCUGUACCCUUUCUCCUAUGUAAAUAUACAGUUUAUGUGUAAUCAAUGUACAUGCCAACAUAAACAUGGCGAUUGCAUA